ACUCAUAAUAAUUCCCACCUCUCUCUUCUCUCUCUCUUCUCUCUCUCUCUAGAAGCACCAUUCUCUGUCUCCGUUUCCUUCCACUUUUGAGGUGUUUGGCAAAAUAGGCAGAAACAAGAAAAUUCCUCGUCCGUGGCCAUGGUGGAUGCGGCAAAGCACGCGCCAGUCACUGGCGGAACUCUGAUCUCAGACCUCAAGAGCCUCGUUUCCAUCAUCAGAACCAGAAGAACCGUUGUUUUUGCAUAUGGGUUCGUGUUGGCUUUUGUUGCUUUCACUGUUUUCUUAGCCUUCAGUCCCUCUCCCAACUCCGUCUCUCCUUGGUUCACCAACAUCUUCAAAGGUAGCGUUAGCAGUAGCAGUAGCAGUACUAGUUCAGAUUCUAACGGAUCCCAGUUCUCUCCUAUUUUCUCGUAUUUCUUUCCCGACAACUCAUCUCUACAACAAGAAGUUCAUAACUUUGCUUCUCCUCCUCCACAAACCGACACAUUUAGAUCUAAUAAUACCGCAUUCCAAUCUCCCAAUCUCUAUCAAGCACCGCCCACCGUGACAAACCAUACUCAAAGUACAGUGAAUUCUGAUAAGGGUAAAGUCCCAAACCCAAAUCAGACUAAAAUAGUUGCCCCAGAAACCACGGUGACAGCGAAUCAGAGCGCAAAUUUGCCGGUGAGUUCGGCUCCUAGUGUGAAUUUUGUGAAGAAUCGAACUCAAAGCUCAGAGAAUUCUAGUCAAGUGAAUGGUUUGAACGCAAAUCAGACUACGACCGCUGCCCCAAAAGCUCCGGUGGCUAAGAAUCAGAGUGCGAGUCCGCCAGUUAAAUCGGCUUCUUCAUUGAAGAGCAAUUCUGGGAAAGAAGUGAAAGGCGUUGCAGGGAAGGGUGAGAUAUCGAAUAAUACGUCUUCUCUGUUGAAGAAACGGGGCAAUGGGACUAAUUCAGGGGUGUCGGUGAAGCAGGGGAAGGAUAGUUUGUUGGAGUCUUUGAUGAAUUGUGAUUUAUUUGAUGGGGAGUGGGUGAGGGAUGAUUCACAUCCGCUUUACAAACCCGGGUCUUGCUCGCUGAUCGACGAGCAGUUCAAUUGUAUUCUGAAUGGCAGGCCUGAUAAAGAUUACCAGAAAAUGAAAUGGAAGCCUAAGGGAUGCAAUCUGCCAAGGUUGGACGGGAGUCGUUUGUUGGAUCUGUUGAGAGGCAAGCGGCUAGUUUUUGUUGGUGAUUCUCUGAAUAGGAAUAUGUGGGAAUCUCUGGUUUGCAUCUUGAGGAACUCAGUGAAAGAUAAGAGCAAGGUUUAUGAAGCAAAUGGUAGACACCAUUUCCGAGGGGAAGUUUCAUACUCUUUCAUAUUCAAAGAUUAUGACUGCUCUGUAGAGUUCUUUGUAUCUCCUUUCUUAGUUCAAGAAUGGGAAAUGCCAGACAAAAAUGGAUCAAAGAAGGAAACGCUUCGUCUUGAUUUAGUGGGGAAAUCUUCUGAUCAAUAUAAAGGGGCAGAUUUCAUCAUCUUUAACACUGGACACUGGUGGACUCAUGAAAAAACUUCCAAAGGGAAAGACUAUUAUCAAGAAGGAAGCCAUGUCUAUGGUGAACUGAAUGUUCUUGAGGCAUUUAGGAAAGCCUUAACUACAUGGGCCAGAUGGGUUGAUGCCAAUAUAAAUCCAUCAAAGUCUCUGGUCUUCUUCAGGGGUUAUUCUGCUUCCCAUUUCAGUGGUGGACAGUGGAAUUCUGGUGGGCAAUGUGACAGCGAGACUCGGCCUAUCAAGAAUGAGACUUAUCUCAGGCCAUAUCCACCUAAGAUGACCGUUUUGGAGAAGGUGCUCAAGGGGAUGAAAACUCAUGUCACCUACCUGAAUAUUACAAGAAUGACAGAUUUCCGGAAGGAUGGCCACCCUUCAAUCUACCGGAAGCAGUUCCUGUCGAAGGAGGAAAGGAGAUCACCGUUGAGUUUCCAGGACUGCAGCCACUGGUGCCUUCCUGGCGUUCCUGAUGCGUGGAAUGAGGUUUUCUUCGCUGAGCUCCUAGUUAAACAGCACAAGAAGCAGCAACAUGAGCAGAAGAAGAGACCUUAGGUAAAACUACACAAACUUAAUUAAUUGUUGGGUUGCAAUCACACGUAAUUUUUUUUUUUUCCACUUUUUGGAAUUAUAGUAUAAAAUACGAUACAAGAGAUCGAUGACUCGGUAAAGGGUGUUUUUCCUAUAAAUUAUGGAGGAGAGGAGAUAUAAAAGAAAUGAAUACUGCUGGAAGAGGUCAAUCUGUGCUGUAAUAAACUCCCGUUGUUUAUAUGAAUGAAAAACAAGGGAUGGGGGGGAGAUUCCAACUUAUGGUUUAAUUUAUAGUUGGAAAUUGUCACCCUGCCUCCACUUCAUAUUCUUUUAGCCAAAAGGCUUCGAGGAUUGUAAUUUGUAAAUCUCUGAUUAUUUAUUAGUUUUGUUUUGUUUGAAAUAAAACAUCAGCUGUGAGUAUUCUUCCUUCA